GGAGCACGGAAAGGGAGGCGUCCCCGGGCAGAAGGAGGCUCCUGAGUCCUGAAGCCGAUUUCCUGGAUGGGGAAGAAAAUUAGUUGCCGAAGUCAUUGUCCUUACUCCCUCCUUCCCUUGUUCCGAACAGCGGGAGCUGCCGGAUCAGCUGGACAUUCUUAUUUCCACAAUUCCAAAGGUACUGAUAGAAUCAAAGAUGGACACAAAGUGAACUCACACAUAGCUAAGCUGCAAGAGGUAUGGAAAACUCCUCAAAUUCAAACAAUUCACAUCUCUAAAUCAAUGAUGGGUGCAUCCUUUCUAAAGCAUCCAGAUCUCACCAAGGGCCAGAAGCGUUAUCUGUGCAGCAUCGCUAAGAUCUAUAAUGCAAACUACCUGAGGACAUUAAUGAAGGGACAGUACAUGAAUGUGAUUCAACGCAGCUCACUAAAGCCAGGUGUCCUCAUUCAUCACAGGAGUCGCCUCAGCUCUCGUUACUCACAGAAGCAGCAUUACCCAUGCACUACAUGGCGACACCAGCGGGAAAGAGAGGACUCUUCUAGCAGCGCAGCUGCAUCUGCAUCUGCAUCUGAAAUGAUCAUUCAGCAUUCUCUUUGGCAGCCAGUGAGAAACAAAGAAGGGUUAAAAACUGGAUAUGCAUCUAAAAUAAGAUGUAAGUCACUGAAGAUUUUUAGAAGACCGAGUAAACUGUUCAUGCAAUCAGUUUCUUCAAAUGAUUCUGGAUCAUACAUGAAUGAAGAAAAAAAGGAAGAUGAUCAGUUAAAUAAAUGUAUGCAAUCAAUGUCCAUUGAAGAACAGGGAGAACAUCUAAUGUUAACCUGAUAAGUCUUGUUACUGAUUUCAAACAGCAGCUGAUAUCCAGAUAUCAUGCCAAAGGGGUCGUAAAUUGUGCCCUGUGUGUAGGAUAGUGUUAUUCAUCAUUAAGUAGUCAUCUAUUUGGUUUGUUCAGAAACUUUCACAAUUGUAAUUGGUCUGAUAUAGUUUAUGUACCAGUGCCAUUUGUGUAACAGAAUUUAUGUGUAAUGUAUGCUUGUAUUUCUGUCUAGGUAAAUUAGUUUUUCUUGUCACUUAAAGUUGAAUUAUUUUUCUUUAAAUCUGACAAAUGCGUUGUAUAGUUCUUUCUGUUUACAAUAAAUGCUAAUAUGGCAACAUUAGAAUAUUCUACAAGUAUUUUCUUGAUUAGGCUGAACUAUAGAUACAGAAUAGCAUUUGAUAGUAAUAACAUCAUGACUUGCAAAGAAGGUGUUCAAUAAAUAUUUGCUACUUGAAUAUAAUUUAGAAAUGUAAAACAAGUCAAAAGUGGUGGCACAUUACUGUCAUCCCAGAACUCUGGGAGGCUGAGGCAAGAGAAUGGCAAGUUUGAGUGCAGCCUGGCAACUCAGGAAGAAUCUAACUCAAAAAAAUUUUUUUAAUUAAAUAAUUAAAAAGUUCUGGGUUUAUUCCAUAGUCA